UGGUUUAAUUCAAAGAUGUUUACUAAAGAACCAGAAUCAAAAUGUGGAUCUCGCAAAGGAAAAAGACACAAAAUUCAAGAGUCAGGAGGAACAAAGCCGGAAAUAGUAGACCAGCUAAAACUAAUUGAAGAAUUUACCGCAAAUCCAAAGGCUUCAUUUCGCUACAUGGUUUAUGCAGUAGAUCCCUCGUCUAAGUACUUCACUCCUUACGCAUUAAAAGUAGUUCCAUACAAACAAAUUGACUGUCCGUACAUGACUAUUAGUGCAAGUGGUGUCACUCAAUACAGUUGUGAAGAAAUGACUUUCACAUCACUCCAUCAGUGGGCAAGAGAGUACAACUUUUAUUUGGAACUCAUGGAACUAAAGACGUUUCGUUUAUUUCGUACAUGGAAAAGUUUUUAUAUCUGGCACAAAAUAAUAAGGCUUAAAAAAUUUAAUAAUGCUAGAAAUUUUAUCACCAAUAAUUUAUUUAUUUGCAAUAAUAUUCUUGCUAAUGCUCUGCUGGAUAUUAGAAAAAUGUAUAAUAAUUUUUUGGAUUACUCAUUUAUGGACACAAGUGUCAUUGAGAAAAUAACACUUUACUAUUUUGUUGAACUACAACUCAAACAACUAGAAAAUAGCAUGACUGAAUUAAAUAAAUUUAGAAAUCUUAUAGUAGAUAUAACUUAUGACGCUUGUAAUCGAUCGCUUAAUGAAGCUGGAUAUACAAUUGACGAUUCAAAUAUUACGAUUGCUCAAACAGCUUAUGGAAAACUAGGAACAGAAGCCUCUAAAAUUUACAUUAAGAAUGAAAAUGAUUUAAAAAUGAGUUUUAUUGAACAAACUAAUAAACGAGAACACUGUCGACGCCUUUCACGUUUCAUUCACCUGAUUGACUAUACGGUAACAAGUUUACUGCGUAACGUGUUGGAAAAUACUUAUAUCGAUUUAUUAAAAGUGCUGAGGAUAUACACAAACAUACUUCCUCAUGAAAUACAAUUUUCAAACAUCCAAAUUAAUGUCAACAGGGAAAGUGUCAAUCAUUUUGAAUCACCUUUCAAGAACCCGUAUUGGGUUGUUGAUAUUGUGCUGACUGAAGAGGGCGAAAUUAAAAUGGACCCGUCAGAUGAUGUGUUUUGGUUCGUAAUUGAAAGGAUGCAGUCAAUGUGGAGAGAUAGUCUUGCUGAUAUGAAACCUCUACUGACAGACCCACGAUUUGAAUCUUUCACUAAACCAAUAAUUAAUUUUAAAAGACAAAAAGAUUAUUUGGGAGGUGAGCCACCAUCAAUUUCCGACAUAAUAUCCAAUAACACGACCAUCAAAACCCUUGUUCGCGAGCUAGAAGAUCUUCUGGAGUUAAACAUCAUAGCAGUGCGUCGUUACUGUGAAAGAUUUUCUGACGUCGAAGCGUUUUAUAUCGAAGACAAAAACUUCAAUGAAAAUGUCAUCCUCAGCAACACCGAUUGUGACGUUUUCCGUCAGUGGUGCGAGCGUUACAAAAAUGAGGAACACGUUAUUUUAAACAUCACAGACUUACAGCCAGUUAGAAUUUUUUUUUUACAACUCAAACGUUUCAAAGAGAAAGCUCUGCUGGCUCCCGUUGAAAAAAUGAAGCUCCUGGAAAAAAUAAUUCCCGAAAUAGGAAAAAGUAAAGUCAAGAUUCUUGGAAGUGAAGCUUUUGAAGCCUUAAGUUUUUUAGAUAACGAGCCUUCGACAACUGAAGACUUUGUUGAGUACAUAAGUUUUGUCGAUCACGCACAGCAAAAAGUUGAUGACAUGGAAACAGAAAUGAAUUAUAUAAAAGAUUUGUAUGACAUUAUUGAAGACUUUGAUAUUCCGGUUUCUAUUGAAGACACAACACAAUACACGGGGCUGAGUAUGCAAUUAACGAGCUUGCGAUUAUCAAUCGAUAAACGUAUAGAGGAACGUGAAAAAUUGGUCAGACAGUUUGAUGAAAAAGUGGAGAAAGAUAUCCAAGGAUUAAUAAAUGAUAUUUCAAAUAUAAAUGACGAAGCAACGAAAUCCUGGUUGCUGAGAGCUAAAAGUGACGCAAAUAUUUGUCUGAAAACGUUGGAAAAAUUGACGAAAAGAUUGGAAGAUUGUGCGGAAAUGGCUAAGAAAUAUCAAAUGUACCAACGGCAGUUCAAACUCGAAAUAACGCGACUUGAUAUUUUUGAUCAGGUGGCAAAUCAAUUACGCUUACGAACGCUACUGUGGGAGAGUAAUGUCUCGUGGUCAGAAGCUCUUGAAAAUUGGUACUUCUCAGAUUUCAACACUUUAGAUGUCGACGAAAUGAAUAAUAUGAUAAUGCGUUACACGAAAAAUGUAACUCAGUUAGAAAAAGGUCUCGAGGAAAAUGAUAUUCUGCCGCGGAUUAAAAAUCAAGUCGAAAUAUUUUGCGAAAAAUUGCCGACCAUCAGUUAUCUGAAGAAUCAUAAUUUAAAAAAACGUCAUUGGUUGAAAAUAGAGUCUCUGAUGAAUCGUAAAUUGCAACAGGAUGAAACGUUGACGUUGAAGUUAAUCGAGGAGUUGGGUGUUUUUGAUCACGAGAAGGAAUUGAUGGAGAUUGCUGCUGCCGCGAGCGCCGAGGCGACACUGGAAAAUAUGUUGGAAAAAAUUCAGGACACAUGGAAGCACUUGGAGUUCAUUGUUCUCGGACACAAAGAAUCAAGCGACGUAUUUGUAUUGGGAAGUCUUGAGGAAGUUCAAGCUGCACUAGACGAAAGUAAUAUCGCUGUUCAAACUAUUGCAGCUUCUCGUCACGUUGCUCCUAUUAAAGCGCGACUUGAUGAGUGGAUUAAACUACUCGAACUUUUUUCAAUGACUCUGGACUCUUGGCAAUAUUGUCAACAACAGUGGCUGUAUCUUGAGGCAAUAUUCUCGGCUCCGGAUAUUCAACGGCAACUUCCGGUAGAAGCUAAACUAUUUAUUCAGGUCGACAAAUCCUGGAAAGACAUAAUGAGAAGAGUUGCUAAAAUGCCUUUAGCGAUGGUAUUUGCUACUCAGCCGGGACUUUUUGAACAACUUGAAGAUAACAAUAGAAGUUUAGAUGAAAUUACUAAAUGUCUCGAGGCGUAUCUUGAUACAAAGCGUAUCGCUUUUCCACGUUUUUUCUUUUUAUCGAAUGAUGAACUCCUGGAAAUUCUUGCUCAAACACGAAAUCCUCACGCGGUUCAAAGACAUCUCCAGAAAUGUUUCGACGCAAUUUAUCGCCUGGAAUUCGCCUCUGCGGCGCCGGAAAAAAAUUCUAGGGCUAAAAAAUCUUCGCCUAUUUUAACCACCGAUAUACUGGCCAUGAUUUCACCUGAGGGAGAGAAAGUGGGUCUUGGAAAAGGCCUAAAAGCUCGGGGAAGCGUCGAAGAUUGGCUCGGAAAAGUCGAGGAGUCGAUGUUUACGUCACUACGUAGAAAAAUGAAAUUUGCCAUUGGCGAUUUAGAGAAACGUAAACGACGUGAUUUUAUUUAUUCCCAUCCGUCCCAGAUAGUGUUAACUGUCUCCCAAAUUAACUGGACCCGCAAUGUUCACAUUAUUCUCGAAGUUGACGAAGACAUUAACAAAUCUAUUAAAUCUUUUGAACAAAAAUCUUACUCAGAUUUGAAUGAAUUAGCGAGUAUGGUAAGAAAUGAACUGCCAACAUUGAUAAGAGAUAUUAUAAUUAAUCUCAUUACAAUAGAUGUCCAUGCGAGAGAUAUUGUCACUUCAUUAAUAGAAAAUAAUGUCACCUCCAGUUCUAACUUUGAAUGGACUAAAAAUUUACGGUACUACUGGGAUCAAGAAUUGGAUAAUUGCGUUACGAGGAUGAGCAGCGCUGAAUAUUUAUACGGUUAUGAGUACCUGGGUGCACAGAAAAGACUCGUCAUCACUCCUUUGACAGACAAAUGUUAUUUAUGUCUCAUGGGUGCACUCCAACUAAAUCUAGGUGGAGCUCCAGCUGGACCUGCAGGAACCGGUAAAACUGAAACGACUAAGGACUUGGCAAAAGCUUUAGCAAUUCAGUGUGUCGUUUUCAAUUGUUCCGAGGGCUUGGACUACAGGAUGAUGGGAAGGUUUUUUUCCGGGCUUGCAACUUCUGGGGCCUGGUGCUGCUUCGAUGAAUUCAAUCGCAUUGACAUCGAAGUCUUGUCAGUUAUUGCGCAACAAUUAAUUACAAUAAGAAAUGCAAAAGUUGCUCGCGCUAAUGAAUUUUUAUUCGAAGGCCGUAAUAUUAAAUUAGUUAUGUCAUGCGCCACUUUUAUUACCAUGAAUCCUGGUUAUGCAGGACGCACUGAACUGCCAGAUAAUCUUAAGUCAUUAUUCCGCCCGAUUGCAAUGAUGGUUCCUGAUUACAAACUUAUUGCCGAAGUAAUUUUGUAUUCAGAAGGCUUUGAGUCUUCUAAACAAUUGUCCAAAAAAAUGACCCUAAUGUACACACUGUGCAGUGAACAAUUAUCACAACAAGAUCAUUAUGACUUUGGAAUGAGAGCAGUUAAAUCUGUUCUAGUAAUGGCCGGAAGUCUCAAACGAGAAAACCAAGAUAAAAGUGAAGAACUAGUUUUAAUAAAAGCUUUACGCGAUAGUAAUUUACCAAAAUUUUUAGCUGAUGACGCACAAUUAUUUCUUGCAAUACUCGCAGAUCUUUUUCCGAGUACCGAGAUACCGCAGGACCACUACGGAAUAUUUCAGGAUACUAUUGUUGAUAUAAUGAAAGCUGGUGACUUACAACCAGAAAUGUCUUCAGUCAUCAAAACAAUUCAAUUACACGAAACGAUACGUGUAAGACACGGGGUAAUGUUAGUUGGACCAACCGGUGCUGGAAAAACAACAAUUCUUAAAACGCUAAGUAACACAUACACAAAUCUUGCUGAUAAACAAAUACCAGGACCAUUAAAUAAACGCGUUAAUAUGUACACAAUUAAUCCCAAAGCAAUAACUAUGAGUGAAUUAUACGGCGAAGUGGAUAUUUACUCAAACGAAUGGCAUGACGGUCUCCUCGGUGCAAUAAUUCGCAAAGCGUGUUCAUCGGAAACGGACGAUCAUCAGUGGAUUGUCUGCGAUGGCCCCGUAGACGCUUUAUGGAUCGAAAACAUGAAUACUGUUCUCGACGACAACAAAAUGCUCUGUCUCGCAAAUUCAGAGCGUAUCAAAUUUACACCAUACGUUCGUAUGAUUUUCGAAGUUAUGGAUUUGUGUCAAGCGUCCCCGGCUACAGUCAGUCGCUGUGGAAUGGUGUACGUUGAUCCUUUGGAGCUCGGCUGGAUGCCUUACGUCAAGACUUGGUUAAUUAAAUUAAAGAGUAUGUUUAAGGAAUCACUUGCUAGUGUGAUAGUGGAUGUUAUUUAUAAACUGUUCGAUCAAUAUGUUGAUGAUGGGUUGACUUUUUUAAAAAAAAAUUGCGACUGUGCUAUUGCUCAAGUCGAUAUAAGUAAAGUGAAUACGGUAUGCACUCUAUUGGAAAGUAUUCUCCUCGAACCAGACAGCGUGAAUAAAAUUGUUGAUAAAUCACGACUAACGACAUUUGUCACUCAGUCUUUCGUUUUCUCAUACAUCUGGGGUAUCGGAGGGAAUGUUAUUGAUUCUUCACGCGAAGCUUUCGAGCUUUUUGUGACCCACCAACUGGAACAAAAUUCAAGCGCAAGACUCCCUGUGGCCGGAGAUCUCUGGAAUCUUUUUAUGAACACACAUAAACAGCGGAUGGAUAUAUGGUUAAAAAUAAUGCCCGCAUUCGAUUAUAAUCCGGAUACACCGUUUUUUGAUAUUCUUGUGCCAACUAUCGACACCGUGCGAUUUGGAUUCAUUAUUAAAAAAAUAAUAAAUGCUAAUAAAUCUGUGUUCAUUACUGGCGCAACUGGUGUUGGAAAAUCAGUAAUAAUGAAAGGUGUGCUAAAUAAUCUGCGAGAAUCUGAACUAUGGUCACCAGUGACACUAAAUUUAUCUGGUCAGACAACAAGUAAACAAACACAGGACAUUUUCGAGUUUAAAUUAGAAAAAAAGAAGCGUUUUUUACUCGGCGCACCAGUUGGAAAACGUGUAUGCGUAUUUGUAGACGAUGUUAACAUGCCACGGUUGGAUACUUAUGGAUCACAACCGCCUAUCGAACUUCUUCGACAAGUCUUAGACUUCAGUGGCUUCUAUGAUCGAAAAAAACUUAUUUGGAAGUCGAUCGAAGACGUGGUAUUGACGGCAGCUUGUGCGCCUCCUGGAGGCGGGAGAAAUCCUCUUAGCAAGCGGUUUAUCCGUCACUUUGCCAUGCUUAUGAUCCCCAUACCUGCCGAGGCUUCUUUGCAAACAAUUUUCCGAGCAAUAGUGAGAGGAUUUUUGAAUCACAAAUCGUUUCCCCAAUCUGUUGUGGAUAUCGGCGAUGAAAUAGUAAAUGCAACAGUUGAAAUAUACGAUCGUAUUGCCACAGAUUUACUACCGACUCCCGGAAAAAGCCAUUAUAUUUUUAAUCUUCGGGAUUUGUCGAAGUGUGUACAAGGAAUCAUGCAGUCAGACCCAGUGUCCACUCGCGACGCCAGACAAAUGACGAGACUCUUUUAUCACGAAUGCCUACGGAUUUUUCACGAUCGUCUGGUUGAUAAUAUCGACAAAAGUUACUUUUAUAGAUUGCUCACUCAAACAUGCUCGAGUUUCUUUGCCGAACAAGUUAUUCCUCUGUCCGACGAUAUUAUUGAUUCACCGCCGGCACUUUUCUUUGGGGACUUUAUGAAAUUCGGUACUCCCAGAGCUUUGAGAAUUUACGAGGAAGUUACUGAUGUUGAAAAAAUAAAAUCCGUUCUUCAGGAUUAUCUAGAUGAUUAUUGUCUCGCAACGAAAAAAGACUUGAAGCUCAUAUUUUUUCUACACGCCAUCGAGCAUUUGUUCAGAGUAGCAAGAAUCUUAAGAUCAGAACGAGGUCAUGGAUUACUUGUUGGUGUAGGUGGCAUGGGUAAACAGAGUUUAACUAAAUUAGCAUCUCAUCUCAAUGGAUAUCCAUGUUGGCAAAUUGAAAUAAGUCGUGGAUAUGAUAUAGAUUCUUGGCAUACAGAUCUACGUAAUUUUUAUUUUAAACCCGGAGCUUUUGCUGAAGAUGCGACAUUCCUUUUUACAGAUACUCAGAUUGUUACGGAAGAAUUUAUCGAAGAUAUUAACAAUACAUUAAACUCUGGUGAAGUGCCAAAUUUAUUUGAAUCUGAUGAACUAGAAAAAAUAAUAAUUGCCACGAGACCAGCAGCUAAAGAAGCCGGAAUAUCUGAAGAAAAUCGUGAGGAAAUUUACAAUCUGUUUGUUAGCCGAGUAAGGAAUCAUCUUCACGUCGUGCUUUGCAUGAGUCCAGCUGGUGAUGCAUUUCGACGUCGAUGUCGCAUGUUCCCGUCGCUGGUCAAUUGCUGCACAAUCGAUUGGUUUACCAAGUGGCCUGACGAAGCCCUUCUCUCGGUUGCUAAAAUUUCAAUCAUGCCAAAUAUCACCCAAGAUAUUCAGCUAGCUUCUUCUUUAGCUUCUAUUUGUGUACUAAUGCAUCAAACAACUGAUAAAAUGACUGAGAGAUACUUCAUUGAAAUGCGACGUCGAUACUACACAACACCGAGUAGUUAUCUUGAAUUAUUGACGUUAUAUUCAAUGACAUUGAAACGUAAGACGGAUGAAAUAAUGUCAUUAAAAAUAAAAAUUGAAAAUGGAUUGAAUAAAUUAAAUGAAACAAGAGCUACAGUAGCUGUAAUGAAGAACGAAAUAAUAUUACUGACACCAGAAUUGAAAACAAGCCGUGAAGAAGUAGAGAAACUCAUGAAAGUCGUGACAAAACAACAAACUGAGUGUGAUAAAGUUCGAAACGUCGUUGCUGCUGAUGAAGCUGUUGCCAAAAUGAAAGCCGAUGAAAUGGCAAUUUUAGAAAUCGAGGCGCGCAAGGACCUGGAAGCUGCGAUACCGGCAUUAGAGGAAGCGCAAAAAGCUCUUCAGUCUCUUAAUAAAAGUGACAUUAACGAAAUUAAAGUUUUUAAUAAGCCACCUCAUCUUGUGCGUUACGUUAUGGAGGCAGUUUGCUUGCUUCUUGGUGAAAAAACCGAUUGGCCAACCGCGAAAUUAAUACUCUCAGAUGUACGUUUUCUCGAUCGCUUGAUUAAUUUUCCAAAGGAUAAUAUCGAUGAUAAAUUAUUGAAAAAAUUACAAAGUUAUUUAAAUAACCCAGAGUUUGUCCCUAAUGCUGUCGCUAAACAAAGUAAGGUCUGCAAAUCAAUUUGCAUUUGGGUACGAGCGAUUGACGGCUAUGCUAAAGUAUUUCGUGUCGUCGAACCAAAACGUAUCAAAUUGAAAGAAGCGCAAGAAGAGUUGCAGGCAAUCAAUGAACUAGUUACGCAGAAGCAAAAACAAUUAAAUGAAGUCGUUAAGAAAAUAGAAAGACUAGAGAAACAAUACGACAAGGCAGUUAAACAUCUAGAUCAUUUAGAGUCGACGAUAACGUUGAAUGAAUCGCGAUUAAAUAGAUCCGGCCGCUUAAUCGCGGCUUUAUCUGAUGGGCAAGAAUUAUGGCAAGACAUGACACGUGGAUUUGAUGCUAAAAUAAACAAUCUUAUGGGCGAUUGUCUUGUGAUUGCUGGUGCGUUGGCUUAUUUCGGUGCAUUCACGCAAUUUUAUCGACAAGAAUUGCUUCGCGUUUGGUUGAAAGCGAUCGAAAAUGAGGGAAUUGAUAUUACGAGUAAUUUUAAUCUUGUUGCGAGUUUAAUUAGUCCGUAUAAAAUAUGCACGUGGAAUAUUUUUGGACUACCGAAAGACAAUGUGAGCACUGAAAACGCUUUGCUGGUUACUCAAACACGUCGCUGGCCUCUACUGAUUGACCCACAAGAGCAGGGCUAUCGCUGGAUACGAAAUAUGGAAUUGGAGAAUGAUAUAAAGAUAAGUGAAAUGAAUAAUCCAAAUUUGAUGAGAAUUAUUGAGAAUUGUAUCAGACUUGGAUUACCGGUUAUGAUUUAUAAUGUACAGGAAACUCUUGAUCCUAGUUUAGAACCCAUUUUACUUCAGCAAAUAUUUAUGCAGGAAGGGCGAAUGAUAAUAAGAAUAAAUAAUACUGACAUUGAGUAUGAAAAAGGUUUCAAGUUAUAUAUAACAACAAAACUUUCAAAUCCGCAUUAUUUGCCAGAAGUUUGUAUUAAAGUAACACUCGUUAACUUUACGGUAACACCAUCUGGUCUUGAAGAUCAAUUACUUGCCGAAGUUGUAAAACUAGAGAGGCCGGAUUUAGAGAAGCAACGCGAAGAAUUAGUUGGGAAGAUAAAUCACGACAGUAUACAGUUGGAAAAAAUAGAAGAAAAAAUUCUGUCGAUGUUAUCCGGCACGCAGGGCAAUAUUUUGGACAAUGAAGAAUUAGUCGAGAGCUUGAAUAAUAGCAAAGAGACAUCUGCUAUUAUAACAAGUCGGCUUGUUGAGUCUGAAAAAACAGAAGCUAAGAUAAUAAUAGCACGUGAAAAGUAUCGUUCAGUUGCGACACAAGGAUUUAUUUUAUUUUUUGUCAUUGCCAGUCUCGCUGAAAUAGAUCCUAUGUAUCAAUACUCGCUUAAAUAUUUCAAGCAUGUAUUUAAUCAUGCAAUUGAAAUGAGUGAAAAAAAUCAAGACAUCAAUAAACGUCUGUCUAUUCUUCAUGAUAGAAUAACUUUAGUAAUUUAUUUAAAUAUUUCACGAGGGCUUUUCGAAAGGCACAAAAUAAUUCUAGCUCUUAUGAUUGACGUGGCAAUGCGCAUUAAUAAUAAAACAAUUGCUCAAACACAGUGGAAUUUUAUUUUACGUGGCCCAGGAUCAAUUGAAGUGAAUAAAAAACCCGAGCAGCUGAGUGACUUGGCUUGGAAAUCAAUAAAUUAUCUUGAUAAAAACUUUACAGUAUUCAAUGGAAUACUCGACGAUGCAUUUAAAAAAAUAACAUUAACACUUGGAGACGUCGAAGAAGAAAUUAAUGUAGACCGAAAAAAUGAUAUAAAAGCAACGAAAGAUUGGAAUAUCUUGCUAAGCGAUAUUGAGAAACUGAUGCUGGUAAAAUCCUUGAAAGAAGAAAAGCUAUUAAUUUUAAUAACAUCCCUAGUAAAUAAAGAUCUCGGCAAAAAAUUUAUCGAAUCGUCUAUUGUAACAUUACCCGACACGUAUCAAGAUACUUCAUACAAUACUCCUCUAAUAUUUAUACUGAGCACGGGUUGCGAUCCGUUCGGAUCAUUUAUUAAGUUUGCCGGGGAAAUGGGAUUUAUUGAUAAGUACAGUUCAAUAUCGUUGGGUCAGGGACAAGGACCAAUCGCCGAAAGACUUAUAAAAGACGGCUGUACAAAAGGACAUUGGAUUUUUUUACAAAAUUGUCACUUGGCGAGGUCGUGGAUGCCAACGCUCGAAAGAUUAGUCACUGAAAUAACAGAAGACAGCGUUAAAGUCCAUGGAGACUUUCGACUUUUUUUAAGCUCUAUGCCCAGCGCAGCUUUUCCUAUUUCUAUACUUGAGAACGCUGUUAAAAUUACCAAUGAACCGCCCAAAGGCUUGAAAGCUAAUAUUAAACGAAUGCUUUUUGAUAUGAAUCAAGAGUUUUUUGAACAGAAUGAUGACAAGUGGCGUGUUAUGAUAUUUGGAAUAUGUUUUUUUCAUUCAAUUAUACAGGAGAGAAAAAAAUACGGACCGUUAGGUUGGAAUAUUUUAUACGAAUUCACGGAUAACGACCGCGAAUGUUGUCUAUCGAAUUUAAAAAUAUUUACAGAGGAUGAAUUAAUUCCUUGGAAUGCAUUGAUUUAUACUACUGGUGAAAUUACGUACGGAGGAAGAAUUACAGAUAACUGGGAUUUGCGAUGUUUAAAAACUAUUCUAGAAAAUUUUUUCUCGCCCCAGAUAUUUGAGAAAGAUUAUAUUUAUUCACCGUCUGGAAUUUACUAUUGCCCGAGAUUAAAAUCGUUGGAAGAGUAUAAGAAUUUUAUUGAAACGUUUCCUCUAAUUGAUGAGCCGGAAAUUUUCGGUAUGCAUGAAAACGCAAACAUAACUUACCAGUUAAAUGAAUCACAGGUUGUUAUAAACACAAUAGCUCAAAUUCAACCGACGAUUGAUGUGAACACUGAAAGUAAAUCAAACUCCGAAAUAGUUUACGAUUCUGCACAAACAAUUAUGAACUGUAUCGAACUUGAAAUAGAUUUAGAUAAAUGCAACCAAAUCCACUACAAAAGGGAUUCAGCUGGACGACUUCCUUCAUUAACGACAGUCUUAUUGCAUGAAGUCGACAGAUACAAUAAAUUAUUAACAAAUAUUCAUGCAUCAAUGGAAAAUUUACAACGAGCUAUCAAAGGAUUCGUUGUUAUGUCCGAGGAAUUGGAAAAUAUUUUUAAUUCGUUACUAAAUAAUCAAGUCCCUAAAGUGUGGCAUGAUCUCAACGUUUAUCCAUCACUUAAAUCUCUAAGUAGUUGGGUAAGAGAUCUUAAGCUUCGGACAGAUUUUAUAAAAACCUGGUUAAUAAAUCAGCAACCGGUUUCUUACUGGAUAUCAGGGCUUUCAUUUCCCCAAGGAUUCAUUACUGCGGUAUUGCAAACUCAUGCAAGGAAAUAUAAUAUUCCAAUUGAUCAUCUUAAGCUUGAUUACAGUGUAACUAAAGUAUUUUUAUAUCAAGAUGAAAUACAAACUGCCCAUUCAAUUAAUCAAGAGGAUAAUUUGUUCUAUAAAAAUUUAUCGAUACCAAACGAUGGAGUUUUAAUUCACGGUUUGUAUUUUGAUGCAGCCAAGUGGGAUAUUAAUUCAAUGCUUCUCGCUGAUGCUUCACUAGGUGAAAUGAAUCCCCCACUACCAGUAAUGCAUGUGAUACCCGUAUUAACUCAUCCGGAAAAUGAUCCUCGAUAUGUAUGUCCACUUUACAAAACUGCUAUUCGUGCUGGAGUUUUAUCAACUACUGGACACAGUACUAAUUUUGUAACUCCUAUUUUAUUACCAUCGUCUCAGAAAAAUUCUUAUUGGAUUCUCAAGGGCACUGCGCUUUUGAUACAAAUCACCGAUUAA